AUGACGCACAUGGCCACGUCACUCGAAGGUGCCUCGAGUGCGAGGGGCACAGGGAAGGCCGCAUGCCGCAACGCCGUGUCGUUCGAGCGCAUGUCCCUCGUCAUCCUGUUCGUUACGAUGCUUAUCUUUCUCGGCGGCACCUUCUUCAUGACGCACAAGCGCCGCAUUCCACUGCCGUACACGGUGGUGCUGUUCCUGUACGGAAUCGUGGUGGGCGUGGUGGCUCGCUGGCUGUACCCUGAAGUCGCGGAGGCUCUUGGAUCAAUCCCGCCUGAGCUGCUCUUCUACAUUUUUCUGCCAGUGCUCAUAUUUGAGGGCAGCUAUGCCAUGAACAUACAUGCUCUGCGCCGCGUCUUUCCACAGGUGGCGCUGCUUGCCACAGUCGGCGUCCUCAUCAACACGGCACUUCUGGCGGUACCGGUGAAGUUGCUUUUCCAUACUUGGUCGUGGUACACGGCACUGCUGCUAGGCUCGCUGCUUUCUGCCACGGACCCUGUCGCGGUUGUCGCGCUGCUGAAGGAGCUGGGAGUGGACAAGUGCAUGACGGCUAUGGUGGACGGCGAGGCUGUCAUGAACGAUGGCACGGCGAUCAUCCUCUUCACUCUUCUUCUCCCUGCUGCGCACGUCGGCUUCGUGGACAUGUCGCCUGGGAUGAUCGUUGUACGGUGCAUCUGGCUGGGGUUGCUGCCCAUCGCACUCGGGCCGCUCUUCGGCUUCCUCCAGUCCUUCUGGUUGCGUCGCACCAGUGACGGCCUCACGAAGGCGUGCAUCACCGUGUCUGUAACGUACGUGUCGUACUACGUCGCCGCGGAGAUGCUGGGUACGAGUGGCGUUCUGACGCUAUUCUUCCAGGGCAUCUUUCUGAGCUACUACUGCCCCUCGCUCUUCCCUGGACGCGAGGGCAACAUCAUCUCCUCCGCGUGGGAGUUCCUGGUCCACCUCGGGAACACGGUGCUCUUCUCUCUCGUCGGCGUCAUCCUGGUCGCGGAUGUGCUGCCCACUGUGAGGCUCUUGGACAUCUUUGUUCUCGUCGCGCUGUACAUCGCCAUGAUGCUGUCGCGCCUUCUGAUGCUGGAGGUGCUCUCGCCGGUGCUGAACAUGUUCUCCUACAAGUUUGAUCAGAAGCGGAUCGCGCUCAUGGUGCACGCCGGACUGCGCGGCGGCGUCGCUGCGACGCUGGCGAUCGCUGUGAUGCAGGAGGGCCUCAAGGAGGGCAUCGACAUCUUAAAGGUCACGUCCGGGAUUGUCCUGCUGACGUUACUGGUAAACGCGUCCACGUCGGCCACCGUUGUGGAGCGGCUCGGCUUCAAGACGAAGGCGGAACAUCGGAUUGUAACGAUGGAAUACGCGAUAGAGCGCAUGCGCAGCGCGCAGGAGCACGCGCUGGAGGGCUUGAAGCGCGACAUCAAGUACCGCAAUGCAAGCUGGAUGCAGGUGGAGAAGUUCGUGCGGCACUACAUCCGCAACCCGUUCCGCGACACGGCUGUGGAGCCAGAGGAGGACGAGGAGAAGAUGGUGAACCGAAUGCUGAUGUCGGCCUUCAAGACGGCGCUGUGGCUGCAGCGGGACAAGGAGGUGAUCACCGAGACGGUCGUUGUGCAAAUGGGCACGUCCCUCGCCAAACUCAUCGAGAGAGGUGAGCUACUGGAUGUGCAGCAGAUGUACUGGUAUCACCGUCGCCGCGGCGGUAGCAAUGGUGAGGAGGAGCGGCCAAUCGCGGCCCAGGUCUCGCCCCCGCAGGGGCGGAGCCACUCGCCCAACAUGUCGACCCCCAGCAUCCACUACGCGACACAGCAACCCCAGCAGCUCAGCACAACGCAGCCGUGGCGCAUGCGGCCUCACACCGACGUCACCGUUGAGGGCGAAGCCGCGGCCGUGUCAGAGAGUCUAGAGGAAAUGCAGAACCGCCCCUCGUGCACCCCAAGCGUGACAGGGGCGAGCCAGCCCGCGGGUGGGUCUAGCGUCAGGGCUAGUGGUAGCGACGAACACGCUGGCUUAGCGGUUGAUGUGACGAGCCUGCCAUCGCACUAUCUCGGCGGCGACGCGGCUGAUGAGGGCGAGAAGGCGGAGACAAAUCGGAUGGUUAACAACCUCAUGCGUCGCCUGCUGCCUGCCUGGGUGGUGCUCGUCGAGCGCUUCAUCUGCAGGCCAGGCUACUUCGCGGCGGCGCACCGUCGUGCGCAGGAGAACGCGUUCGUCGCGCUGCUCGCUGUCGUCAAGUGUCUGACUGCCAUCUCGCCGCUCAAGUUUAAGUUCAUCAGGUCGGAGGCGCAGGCGCGGCGGGUGGAGCGGUGGGUGACGACGCAGAUUACCGCGGCCAAUCGCGCCAUUCGCUUCUUCUACAUCCACUUCCCGGAGGCUACGAACAACGUCGCAAGCAGCCGCGCCGUCGUCUCGGUCGCCAACGCACUGGAGGAGACGGUGCACAAUCUAAACGCCGAGCACGGCUUUGGGACGCGGGCGACGGAGGUGCUGGAGGAAAUGGUGGCGUGCAUGCGCUCUCGCAAGCCGUCGACGUGGGAGAACAAUGCGUCGCAGAACGAGAGCAAUCUUGUGCUGCGCGCCGUCGCGGCAACCCCACUCGGCAAGGGGCUGCGCAGUUUGGAGAUCAAGGCAAUCAGCUCCAUGGGUCUCGUCCGCAAGUUCCGCGAGGGUGACAUCAUCACACUGCCCGACAACGCAUUCCUAGUCGUCGUCUUUGGGAGCCUGCGCGCCGUCUAUGGGCAGUGGACUACGCUCACCGAGCAUGAGCAGAUGGAAAGCUUCGGUGAUACGGUCGGCCUCGAAGCCCUCCUGUUGCCCCAGGAGUUUCGAGUGGACCAGCAGCGGCGCUGGCGCGUCAUCUCGACCGACUCUACAGCGCUGAUCAUUUCGUUUAACAGCAUCAAGCCGUUCCUGACAGAACGCUCCUUGCGCGCGGUCAAGGCGCUCUGGCGUGCGGCAGCGGCGGAGGUGCUGAUGCCCUUCUUAUCUCGUAUCGUGACAGUUCCGGAGAACGAGGCGCGCACCAAACGGGAGCACUUGAUGGAGCUCAUCAUGGCUGGCACCCCCCUCAUCGGCCCUCGCGACUGCGAUCUGGCGAGCUGUGAAACGAACUUCCACUUGUACUUCUACCUCCGCGGGUGUGACAAGUCGGGGCUGUUCAACUGCCACACACCCCCGUGCUACCUCUCCAUCUUCUACGUACAUCAGCUGCGCUGGGUCGACCCUGACGCGGUGCUCUACGCGGUCCCCAUGCGGGUUGGAGAUCGCGGCUACGUGCCGUGGCCCACGACUGCCACGACAGCUGGCGCAUCCGGUGAGGAUGAGCGGGAAGACGAAAGUAGCCUCGAGGAGGCAGAAGAGCUCGAGGGCGUGGAGGCCUCCGCCCGGCGCACUUCACCAUCCCUGUGGACUGCCGCAGGCCGGUCAUCGGCUGCCGUCUGUCCGUCGGUGUCUCUGCAGCCGUCGCUGCCUGCAACGAGGCCGCAGUGCGGCGCGGCAGUCGACGAGCUGUUGCCCGUUAGUGCGCAGUGCGCGAGUGCGUGGGGCGGCGAGGUGGGGCGAAAUCAUCACAACGACGCACCCGACUCUAUGGAACCGAACUUGGUGCACUCCUCGAUGGCCCACGGCGACCGCGGCGGCGGGGCAGGGGCGUUCUUCACGAGGAACAUGGAGAGCGAUGGCGUGACACCGCCGGCGCUCUUCGGCGAGAACAGCCUCGCCACACACGCCGAUGCGACGAGCAUUAUCAACAGCGUGCUGCUCGGCUGCGCUCCCGAGGACCCCGAUGAGCUGGGCCGGAACGCAUCGAUCGGCGCCUUCGGUGACUUGCUGGACAAUUUCGCCUCCCCGACGUCUACCCACACCGGCUGCGACUUGUUUCUACGGUCGCCGUCGAUGUCGGAGCGUCUGGGCCAGAAUUCUACCUCGCGCUUCAUCCGCGACACGGACAUCAGUAUCUUCUAUUCGCUCGAGGGCUUUGCGACGCAGGUUCCAUUUGUGAACCAGAUGUUCGUCCACUACGCUUCCUCCAUGGAGCACCUUUGCAUCGCCACGCUGCGCUAUCUGCGGUUCCCCACCGACCCUUUUCACGCGCGCCAUGCUCAGUCCACAGGUGAGCAGACGGUGGAGUUCUUGCUGAACUUCUGCGUGGAGCUGUCGAUGCUGAAGCGAACGUGCCGCAUCGUGAGCAAGUGGCAGAGUGAGGACACCGAAGCCCUGCACCCGUUUCACGUGAGCAACGACACGGACUCGGCGUUUCAGGCGCGCGUUUGCGGGUGGACUCGUCGUCACCGCCUGAACGGCAAGUUUCACCUGAGGACGAUGGUGACGGAGAUGAACCGAUACGCGAACCGGCGCUUCCCCGACUACGUGUCGGUGCUGCGACGGAUGGUGGAGCUGGAGCCGGGGCUGAAAGAGACGGAGACGGCUGAGGGCAUGAACUCCCUGUGCCGCCGUAUUUUAAAGAGCAGCAAGAGUACUGUGGUAGAGAUAGAGAGCCUCGAGGAUGCCCUUUAG